CUCGCCUUCUUAUAACACUCUCUGCUCGAGUAUCUCUCCUUGAUCGUCGUCCUUCUUACCUGAUCCUCUUAUCCCCUGCUGUCUUGCCAAACCAAGACAGCGACCCAAUCCCCUGCCCUUUAUGACACAACGCCGUCGCGCCCAAGGGCCCGUCAUGGGCCAGGGUCCACUGGUCUUUAAUGUUCCAGACUACAAUCCGGGUCCCCUGUUAUCGGUACCUAGACUGGACACAGGCAUGGAGAACUCUCGACUGACAGAUAGUCACUCACAGUCUCAGAGCCCAUCCUCGAACCCGUCUCCCAUCUCCCCAGGCAGUGGAGGCCCAGAUACCCUAGCAGCGGACUUUGGGUCAAUACCCGGUGGGGAUCAGGGCUUUGUGACGGGAAAUGCAAAUACCCUAGCUGGAAUAUCUUCCCACAUCACGGAAUUGGAGGGUCUAGAGGCUUCUUGUAUCGAACUUUUCAACCCGACCUGGACCGGACCUACUGGCGGUUAUACAUUCGAUCCCCUCAGCGACGUUAGAACCGAUCUGCAACGGCUUAGUGCGACUGUACAGUCGAGCCUCGGUUGCCUGGAAGUUUCCCAACUGAGUGAGCUUAAGGAUCUCUUGUCACAAACCCUUCCAAUGCUUGAGUCCAUGGUCCAAUCCGUGAUCGAGCUGAGGAUACCGCCGUCCCCCGCCGAAAGCCCAGAAGAUGAGUUCAGCUAUCGUUGUCUCCUGUGCCCGAGCAGCAGAAACCAAAAAUGCUCCAAGCGAGGGGCAUUCAAGCGGCACGUUACCGACAGACACGAACCGGAGUACAAGUACAAUUGUUCUGUUUGCCCCUGGUAUACACACAGACGGGACAAGGUACACGAUCACUAUCGAAAAUAUCACGGGUUAAUAGGACGCUUGACGGCAGGGCAAGUCAACAGCCUUGGAGUGAGGCUACCUGCGCCACAGAACUGCGGGAUCUGUCCUCAACCUGUGAACUCGUAUGCUGCUUAUUUCGAGUGUUUUGCAAGGCACUGUCGUGUUUUGGGAAAUAAUUCCGGCGAGACAAGCCACAUUGGGAGUAGAAAGAACAGCGACGACAGCGGAAAUGGUGGCGGUAGCUUCAGUGGACAAAACGGGUCUUUCAAUAACUUUGGCGGGCCUGGGGGACCCUCCGCUUUUUCGUAUGGAAACGGGGAUGGUUACUCUGGAGGCCCCUCCAAUCCUCAUUUUGGACAAUCUUUCGGAUACAACAACCAAUGCUCCAAGGAUGUAGUCGAUCCCCAUCAAGGUCAGUCCAGCGCACCAAGGAACCAGGAUCCACACGAUAAACACACCAGCCAAUUCGAGAAAUGCAAGGACCAUCCGGACCACCAAACCCAAAACACUGACACGCAAAAAAAGUCACCAGCGAUGCCAGUUCAGCACGAUUCGUUGGAUCCUAGCGACCAGCCCGAGGAUAGAAGGACCCAUCUCCGAGGAUCCACCAAUGGAAUUCUGGGCAAGAGUCUCCCACGGGAACCUGACACUACCGAGAUUCGACGAUGCAGGUCUUGCGGACACAGUAUCGACGGCUGUGCAAGAUGCAAAACUUUUGGUGCAGCAGCCGACCGCUGUCACAACUGUGCGGAUAAGAGCUGUGUUCGGCAAAUGCCUCGCCUGCAAAUGCCUCACCUGCAAAUGCCUCACCCUGCGGAUGAAGCCUUGUCUCCUCAUUUUGGCCCUCUUGAUCCCAAGUCUGCGCUCGCGCUGAGGAAGUCCCGCUCACUUCCUCCCUACCGAAAGGACAAAACCAGAAUGGCCUUGAAGUCUUUGCCGACUUCACACCCCGAAGAAAAAGCACAUGGUCGUCAUCCAGGAGAACGUGAUAUAGCUCUUCAAGAGUUACAUAACUCCUUGACCGUCAUCGCGAGAAAGCAAGGUGCUUUAAGAGCGCCUUGUGGAAACCGAAACUCCGUGUCUGGGUCCCUUCUAGACAAAACAGCCAUUCACCGUGCUUAUGAAGACGGCGCAACCGCACCCAAUUAUAUCAUACCGCGAUUGGAACGUUUCUCCUCUGAUACUUGGCGUCAGCAAAGGAUAUCCCUCGAAAGAGAUCGUUACAUUGCACGGUUUCUACAAGGGUCGUUGAGGCAAGGUAUCCAUGUGUUUAAUAUCCCUUUUCGGAUUCCCCUAGACCACAGGCUAGAUUCACAGAAGCGGAGAAAGACUGCCUUAUUGCUCGAAUCUACACCGUCUGCGACAUGCCGCUUGUCGCUCAGAAGACACUCGCUGAAAGGCACAGUGCAGGUAGUGGUCGGACUCCUCACACUGCAUGCGUCCGUCGCGAAAACACAAUCAGACGCCGAACCUGUUGAACAGGAUCACCUCGACGACAAUGGUCUCAUCCCAUACACUCUGGAAUCCCCGAAGGUUGAUGCAGAGAUUUGCAUGCCUUACUCUUAUAAUUUGCUCUCGCAUAUCGUGCAGGUCAUCGGGGACUGGAAUGCGGGCCUCAUGGACCACCUUUCAUUCAAGUCGCUCCAAGCCUCUGGGGCUGUUAUUGAUGACGAAAAGAGUUUUGUCGUGAGCGCUUUUAUGAGUACCUUGGCAAAUAUUGUGCAGGGUCCGGGCUACUCGGGCAGUAUAGACUUGAGUCAGCUCUCUUUUCUUUGACGACUGCAUCACCAUACGUUCUUGCCAGCAUUGUUGUUUGUCGAGGUGUUCAUACUCUAUCCC